GGCUCCGUGUACCUCCUGCACUUCACUGUAGCCCCCAGCUUUAGCCACGGAGCAGUCAUCUUUGAGUUUCAGCGCCACUUUUUAAACUGCACCCUUUAAAUCACCACGUUAAUGCCGCUAUUUGAACGAAAAACGAACGAAUGAAGCUAGAGGCUAAAGCUAAAAAUAAAGGUUGAAUGCUAACAGCUAGCAGCAGCCAACAACCCGUCACUGACAGGGGCUGGAGAUUCACGGCUUCUUCCUGGGUUUAGCCACACAAACAACCUCCGUACUGCAAUUAUUAAAAGAGAUGCAGUGUCCCGAUCAGUACUGAAGCAGACAGGUUUGAGGCCAUGGAGUCAUCCUCUGAGUCCCAACAGGAGCCCGAUAAGAUUUCGCAGCAUGCAGAGGUGAGGGAGCAACGGGCCACAUCGGCUGUGAGCAGUGAUGAGUUCGUGGCUCUGACCCCAGCCAGGAUGAGCCAGAGGCAGCUCAAAGAUCGCGAGCGUGAGAAGGAGGCAGGGCUUCACACACCUGUGAGGGAGCAGCACCUGUCCAGCCCCUCCACAGCUAGUCCAGGGGCCAGCCACAGCCACGGCUUCGAGAGAGUGAAAGAGGACCUGCUGCCACUGCCUUUGAAAGAAGACACCCACUCAAUUUCCAAAAGCAAGUCUGAGACAAAGUUGUACAACGGCUCAGACAAAGAUGUGUCGGCCUCCGGAGGAAAACUCACAAAGAAGGAAUCCCUCAAGGUGCAGAAGAAGAACUACAGAGAGGAGAAGAAGAGGGCGACUAAAGAGCUGCUUAGCACCAUCACUGACCCCUCUGUCAUUGUCAUGGCUGACUGGCUGAAGAUCCGAGGCACACUGAAGAGCUGGACGAAGCUGUGGUGUGUGCUGAAGCCAGGGGUUCUGCUGAUCUAUAAGACCCAUAAGAACGGGCAAUGGGUGGGUACCGUGCUGCUGAAUGCCUGUGAACUCAUCGAGAGACCCUCCAAGAAGGAUGGCUUCUGCUUCAAACUGUUCCACCCUCUCGAGCAGAGCAUCUGGGCCGUCAAGGGCCCUAAAGGAGAAGCAGUGGGUUCCAUCACUCAGCCGUUACCCAGCAGCCACCUCAUUUUCAGAGCAGCCUCAGAGUCCGACGGUCGCUGUUGGAUGGACGCUCUGGAGCUGGCUCUGAAGUGCUCCAGUCUGCUGAAGAGGACCAUGAUCAGGGAGGGCAAAGAGGAGCCGACUGUGGCCACUGGAGGAGAGCACUCUAUCAACUUCUACAGCCUCCUUAGGGCUCAUAACAUGCAAUUUAACGACAGUGACCACCUGAAAGACCCGGACCUGUACUCAGAUAAGUCAGAUCGGGAGCAGGAUCAUGAGGAGUCUGACGCAGAAGGGCUGGAGAAGAGUGAGGAGAGUGACAGUGACACCUCGGAACGCCAGGACGACUCCUAUAUCGAUCUGGACCCAAACGAGCACCUAAGGGAGACGUCCUACAUGGAGCAGUCCCACGAGGAGCUGGGAGAGGCAGGAGAGGCAUCUCAAACUGAGACAGUGUCCGAGGAGAAUAAGUCCCUGAUAUGGACCCUGUUGAAGCAGGUGCGUCCUGGGAUGGAUCUGUCCAAAGUGGUGCUGCCCACAUUCAUCCUUGAGCCACGAUCGUUCCUCGACAAACUUUCGGACUACUACUACCACGCAGACUUCCUAUCAGAAGCUGCAGUGGAAGAAAAUGCCUACAACCGAAUGAAGAAAGUGGUGAAAUGGUACAUCUCUGGAUUCUAUAAGAAACCCAAGGGUUUGAAGAAGCCUUACAACCCUAUCAUCGGAGAGACGUAUCGCUGCAUGUGGCUGCAUCAGAAAACCAACAGCAAAACCUUCUACAUCGCUGAACAGGUUUCUCACCAUCCUCCGGUCUCAGCAUUCUAUGUCAGCAACAGGAAGGAUGGCUUCUGUGUCAGCGGCAGCAUCCUCGCUAAGUCCAAGUUUUACGGGAACUCUCUUUCUGCCAUUUUGGAUGGAGAGGCACGGCUCACAUUUCUGAACCGAGGAGAGGAUUAUGUGAUGAACAUGCCCUACGCUCACUGCAAAGGGAUUUUGUACGGCACCAUGACUCUGGAGUUGGGAGGGCAGAUCACCAUCACAUGUGAGAAAACCGGAUACAGUGCACAGCUGGAGUUUAAACUAAAGCCGUUCUUGGGCAGCAGUGACUGUGUGAACCAGUUUUCGGGCAAAAUCAAACUGGGCAAAGAGGUGUUGGCGACACUGGAGGGACACUGGGACAGUGAGAUUUUCAUAAACGAUAAGAAAACAGGGACCAUAGACACCUUCUUUAAUCCGACUCCAGAUCUGAGGCAGAAUCGACUGAUAAGGUGCACAGUGCCCCCGGAGGAGCAGGGGGAGUACGAGUCUGAGAGACUUUGGCAGCACGUGACUCGAGCAAUCAACAACAAGGACCAAACGGAGGCGACCAAUGAAAAGUUUCUGCUGGAGGAGGCUCAGAGGAAGUCAGCCCGAGAGCGAAAGGCCAAAUGUGAAGAUUGGAUCUCAGCACUGUUCGAGCAAGACCCAGUAACAGGAGAGUGGCACUACAGAUAUGCAGACACCCGGCCGUGGGACCCACUGAACGAUUUGAUCCAGUUUGAGAAAGACGGCUGUAUUCAAACUAAAGUGCGCCACCGGACGCCUAUGGUACGUUCAGGAAGUCUUAUUAGUCUGAGUAAUCCAGCGACGCGCAGGGACAAUUGCAAAUGCCAGGUGACAGUGCCAAAGAGGAAACACAAAAGCGACAAACCCAAGAGUGCAGAGAGCGGCUGUUCUUCCCCUGAGCUCGACCAGCACGACUCCUCAGGCAGCGAACGACAUAAGAGUAAACACAACAAUCGCCUGAGGAAGAAGGGAGCUGACCUGAGCGAGCUGCAGAGUGCCAUAGACUCCAUCAAACAGACACAAGAGGAUAUCAACAAGAGCAUCAGUGCACUGCGUACCCGGACAGCGUCUCGUACUGAAUCAACGUCUUUUCUCCAGCAGAGGGACUAUGUUGUGAUUGCACUUCUCAUCCUCCUCCAACUCGUCAUCAGUGUACUCUUUAAGUGACAACAACAAACCAGGUGGACUGCUCCUGAACAGAGGAGGAGAAACGAACUACGCUCUGAAAAUAUGACUCUAUUUGACCUAAAAAUGACUUGAAAUUUGAAUAUUCAUCUUAAU